AUGGAUAUCCUCGACGCAUCACUUGGGCCGCUCGUGUCAGCGUUGCCGGCAUACAUACAGCGGCAAAUGGAGGAAUCCUUCAAGUUUCCAGGUGGUGGUGGCAUGUCUCUUCCCAAGGGCGUGACUACGGUGGAAGCUGCAGUGGUGGCGAUCCUGGUGGUGAUUUUCAUCUCCACGGCUUCCUUAUGCUUUGGAGCAUACCUCGCCCGACUGAACUCACCCACCGGUAAAAUCAUGAAGUUGGCCGCUGGCGAGUCAAGGAUUCUCAUUCCAGCCACCUUCUGCUUAUUUCUCAACAGUGGCUUGUUCAUCCUCUUGCCCUACUUUGGCGGGCAGUUUGUGCAGAUGGUUGGAAGCAACACCGGCGUCACCAGCGAGGAGCUCAAUCAGAUCACCGAGAAGAUCGUGGUGGUCGCCGUGGCCUCCUCGAUCACCUCGAUGAUUCGAGGGAUGCUCUUUGUCCUGGCGGGUGAACGCAUCGUCCGCGAACUGCGGAAGCAGGUCUUUCAUGCACUGCUCCGUCAAGAAGUGGCUUUCUUUGAUGUGCAGACCACUGGAGCCUUGGUCUCCAGACUCACCAACGAUACCCAGACCCUGCAGAACGCCGCGAGCUCCAACAUUUCGAUUUUCCUUCGUUGCAGCUCUAGCCUGUUGCUGUCCUUGAUCGUGAUGUUUGUGACCAGCUGGAAGCUCACUUUGGCCAUGUUGGCCACUGUUCCUGUGGUCAGCAUUCUGGCUGCAAUCAUGGGCCACUUUCAGCGGAAGGUGAGCAAGAAGUACCAAGAUGAGACGGCGGAACUCGGGAACAUUGCCUCGGAGACCUUCGGGAAUCUGCGCACGGUGCGCGCCUUCCAAAGCGGGGAGAGGCUCAUGGAGAAGAAAUACUGUGAUGCGAGUGAUCAAGUCUACCUCUACGGCUGGAAGCGGUCCAUGAUCUACGGAGCUUGGUCCGGAGUCGUUGGUCUCCUCUUCUUCGUGGCCUUCACAGUUGUUCUGCGAUUCGGCGCCGGUCUCGUGGAGCGAGGAGAGAUGCAGUCGGGUGAUUUGAUCUCCUUCGUCCUCUACACCGUCAGCUUGUCUGGGUCUGUGGCAAUGCUUGGCAGCAUUAUGCCAGCCUUUUCCGCAGCCAUUGGCGCGACCCAGAAGAUCUUUGAGAUCACGGACCGCAUCCCUGCACAGAGUGAUGGACUACUGGAUCCCGUGGAGUGCAAAGGCAAGUUGGAGUUUGAAAAGGUCUGCUUCACCUACGCAACCCGUCCAGAUGCCAUGGUCCUGAAAAAUGUGAGCUUCCAAGCCGAGUCGAACCAGGUGGUGGCACUGGUGGGCCAAUCUGGAAGCGGCAAGACCAGCUGCGUCUCGUUGCUGCAAAGGCUCUAUGACUGUCAGUCGGGCGCCGUGAAGAUCGACGGCGUGGAUGUCAAAGAGCUCAAGUUCUCUUACUUGCGGCGAAACAUGGCGGUCGUCUCGCAGGAGCCCAUCCUCUUCGCCAUCAGCGCGCGGGAGAACAUCGCCUUCGGCGUCGAGGAGGCGGACCAGGGAAAGUUGGAGGAAGCAGCCAAGCUGGCCAACUGUCACGGCUUCAUCUCAGAGUGGGAGAAGGGCUACGCCCCUCGGCGAUUGGUCGCCUUUCCGCCGUUGUGCCGUCCGGGCGUGGAACAAGUGGCGCCCGACAUGUCCGAGGAGGAGAAGAGUUUCAUCGUGUGUGCCGUUUUUGUGAUGUUCUUGGCACUGUGGGCUGUGGUGUCCCAUCUGCGUUGGACGGAGGGAGCAGGCUGCGGGAGCACAGGCGGGAACGGCUGCUGGCGGCGUUCCAGUGAGUUGCUGCAGGUGUUGAUGGGUUUUUGGCUGUCGCCGUGGACCAUCUCCAUUGAGAACCUCUUUACGCUGCAUACCAUCACCUUCGUGACCAUUUCCAUACCAGUUUGCACCUUUGCCCAGCACUACACUGUGCUCUUCCUGUGCCAGUUGUCCAUCCUGGCGCUGAUGGUUGGUCGCGUCGUGCAGGAGGAGUUUCCUUUGGCUGAGGGACGUAUCGGGAAUCCACAGACCCUGAUCAUUGUGCACCUGUUCUUCAUGGGAGUUGGGCUUGUAGUGCACCUCUUGGCCAACAGUGCGCUACGGCAGCAUGUGGAAUCCAAAAUCCGGGAGGGUGACAGCAAGACGCAGCUCAACGCAGCAUCAGCUCUCUUGGAGCUCACCUGCGAUGCUGUGGUCCACUUGGACGAGGACUUUCGCAUCAAGUCAGACUCCCCCCAAUUGGCGGCCAUGCUCUUUCGCCAGCCCGAGACGCUGAAGGGAACCAAGUUUACUGACUUCAUCGCAGCUGCUGAUGCAGAACGAGCCGCAGAGGAUCUAUUGGCGGGGAGUAGGGCAUCUGCCCCCGCACACGCCUUUCAUACGAACUUGGUGGAUGGCUGCUCCAGUAAGUUCAGGACUGAGGUUUUCCAGGUGAAGUACACCAAGAUGAAUGGGCAAAAGUAUCACCUCCUCGGGCUGCGAGACUUUACUGAUGUCAAACCCCUGGCCAUCGACCCGCAGAAUGCCAUGGCACGCGCGGCACGGGAACGAUCCGGCAGUGACGACUCGCAGCUGGACUGGCGCAGCUACGAGAUGCGAUCGUUCACCAUGCACGAAGCGCCGCCGCAAGAGUUGAGCGCCGUGCCUCCCGACACGGACAGUGCCACGUCCCGCGUGUUGAGCAACGGAAUCGUGGAGCACUGCUUGCAGAUUGGGGACAAGAAUGCCUUCUUGGACAUCAAUGUGGCUGAGAAGCUGGUCAGUGCCGCUAGUGCCCCGUGCGCGGACGUGGUGGGCCAAAGCUUGUGCGACAUUUUUCCCAACUCCUUUACCCUUGACAUCAUUGAUCGCUUGUAUGAAGACGCCAGGGCUGCUAGGAGAGCUGCGAGGGCCUCUCAAGGCACGCUUGCCAAGCAAGAGGAUGUGCCAACGCACCUGCCUGACCAAGUAGCAGCCUUCGAGGCAAUGCCUCUUUUUCUGGCUCAUGUGCCACCACAAUACUUCGAAAUCUCCGGCGUGAUGAAGGUCGUGCUUCAAGAUACGGGCCAGCUGCAUGUGAUCUUGAGCUUUGGUCAGCCCGUGAGCCGAUCGGACAUGGCAUCCUGGCCACCUCGAAAGGAGGACACGCUGGUGGGAGAGCGUGGCAUCCAACUGAGUGGAGGCCAAAAGCAACGCGUGGCCAUCGCACGGGCGAUCCUGGCGAACCCCACGAUCCUCCUGCUCGAUGAGGCCACGUCUGCCUUGGAUGCGGAGUCUGAAGGGAUGGUUCAAGAGGCCUUGGAGCAGCUCAUGAAGCAGCGUGAGGGGCGCACCUUCCUCGUGAUCGCGCACCGCCUGUCCACGGUGAAGGACGCCGACGUGAUCGUGGUGUUGAGCAGCGGUGAGUGCGUGGAAACCGGCACGCACGAGGAGUUGUUGGCGAAGGGAAGUGUGUACAAAGGUUUGGUACAGAGGCAGCUUGAUCUUCGACGCUGA